AUGUCUACAUUAAUGGGAAAAGAUUUGUUCCAACGUAUAAGCAGUUUCAAUAACGAAUAUUACUGUAUAAUUGAAAAGAUUGAAUUUUAUCCAGGCAUUAUUCGUAUUUAUAUUGAUGAACGAGGUGAUAAUUCACUUGGACCUAUUCAAAAUCCAAUGAGUUCAGCAUUGAGUAUUCUAAAUAAAUCCUCGCUAUCAAAAACUAAAAAUCCGAUUGAUGGAAAAUUUUCUAUCAACGACGAAUCUCAACAAUACUUAGGUUAUCUCGAUUUUCCAUUAGAUAAUUCAUUUUUAACAAGUCAAAACAUAAUUGGCUUUCAAUAUGGUGGUUUCGGUUAUUCAACGGCAAAACUCUUUCGGUUCGAUCAGGAAUUAGUCAAUAGAUAUCAUAUCCAAUUAGCAUAG